AUGUCUUCAUUUACUGAAUACAUUGUUACGCCAAGGUCAUGUAAACUGUUAUCUAUGUUGUCUAUGAUCCAAUCUAUCUAUCUAUCUAUCUAUCUAUCUAUCUAUCUAUCUAUCUAUCUAUCUAUCUAUCUAUCUGUUUGGUUUCUCAUAGUACACAAGGACUCCAUAGAAAUUUCCUCCUUUGGCCUAUCUGCAGCUGCUUCUUGGGGACCCUGCCAAUAUCGCCAGCUCAUUGCUUCCCUCUUCUUAUCCACAAUCCUUGACCGUGCUAUCAAUCUAUCUAUUUAUCUGAAACUUUUCAUAUCAUUCUAUUAUUUUAUUAAUUAUUUUUUCAUACCUUUCUCGCUUAGCCUGUUCAUAUCUAUCUCAAUUUGUUUUCUAUCUAUCUAUCUAUCUAUCUAUCUAUCUAUCUAUCUAUCUAUCUAUCUAUCUAUCUGUUGUGGUGUCCUCCCUAUUCCGCAUAUUAUAAGAUUACCUGUACAUAUCUAUCUAUCUAUCUAUCUAUCUAUCUAUCUAUCUAUCUAUCUAAUUCAGUCUAUCUCAUUCAAUCUAUCUAUAUCUAUAUCUCUAUCUAAAUCUUUUCAUAUCAUUCUAUCUACUUAUUUCUCUUAUUUUUCAUACCUUUCUCUCUUAGCCUGUACAUAUCUAUCACUAUUUGUUUUCUAUCUAUCUAUCUAUCUAUCUAUCUAUCUAUCUAUCUAUCUAUCUAUCUAUCUGUGUCAUUUUGUGAUUUUUUUCAUAUUUUCUUUCUUUUACGUCUACGUUUUCCUCUCUGCUUUUUGUUUGUCAUCACUUCUUUUUUUCUUACAUGUUUUUUCUUCUCUUUCAUUUUCUAUUCCUUUUCUUCAUCUUCUUCUCGUCUUCCACUCUCCUCCUCUUUCUCCAUUCCUUUUCUUCAUCUUCUUUAUUCGUUUUCUCAUUUGGACCUCUUUUUCUUUCCUUUCCUUUUCUUCUUUCCCUGACCCUCUUUCUUCCUCUUCUAUUUCUUCUCGUUCUUCUUCUCGUCCUCUCUCUUCCGUUUCUCCUCUUCUUCCCUCUCCAUUUUCCCUCUCUUCUUUACACGACGGUUCUUCUCUUUCUCUAUUGAAUUUGUUCUUGUUGUCCUCCUUUAUCCUCCUCAACCUUCUCUAUCCUUUUUCUUCCCCCCUCUCUCUCUUCUACUCCUCUUCUCACUAUUCUUCUCUCUCUCUUCUUUUUUCCUUAUCCUCUCGCCCUGCUUUGCGUUUUUCAUCUCCUCCUUAUCAUCGGUAUACCCCUCUUCCUCAUUCUUUUCUUUUUUUUUUCUCUUCCUUCUCGCUUUUACUUUUCUCUGUCUUCUUUCUUCCUUCUGCUCUUUCCUAUUUGUCUUCUUCUUCGUUUCGCCAACCGCCCUUUUUUUUUGUAUGUUUCCGUUCCUCAUCCCCCUUCUCGUCCGCUUAA